GAAAAAAAUCAAACAACGAAGAAGAAAAGCUUGUCGCCACUUCCCCAAGCUGUCUCCAUGGUAAUCAAACAUGGCGUCUGGGAGGCGACCAAUCCUUUCCUCCACGCCGCUGCAGCUGCUCCUCUACCUCAACAGCUGGUAUUUCGCCGCCUUCUUCCUGGCCGAGGUUCUCAUGUUCAUCUAUAAAGGUGCUCUACUUCCCUACCCGGCAGAUAAUCUGAUCCUGGAUGUGGUUCUGCUGCUGCUCUACGUCGGCCUGGAGGCUCUGCGGAUCUUCUACGGUUGGAAGGGGAACCUGUGUGAGCGCUGCCUGGCCUCCAGCGUCUCCGUCUUCAUCCUGCUGCCCUGCGCCGCGCUGGCCAUCUACUACCUGCUGCUGCAGACCUUCGUCCUGCGCCUGGAGGUCAUCCUCAGUGCCGGCCUGCUCUGUUUCUACAUGCUGGAGCUGCUGCUGGGCGUCCUGUCCAUCUCCGCCUUCUCCAGGUCAAAAGUUUACUGAAGUGCAGAAAUCCACAUUGUGACUCUACAGGCAUCAAGAGGAAACCAGUGAGGGACUUCUGAUUAAAAUAUCUUCUUAUUGUUGUAAAUAAGAUAGAGUAUAUUUUUCUAAUAUUCAAAUUUAGAGUCAGACCUGUUUAGCAGUGAGCAUUUUUUUUUUUUACUUUUUGUUU